AUGGAGCGUUGUAAGCAUGCCCCACAGGAGCAGGCUGGAUUCGCACGGCUAACAGAUGAGGCAUUAGGCACCGUAAUGGCUCCAUUUCCCCGGAGGAAGCAGAACGAGACAGCGACGGAGAAAGCGAACAAACGGUCGCGAGAUCGGGACAAGGAUCGAGCGUUAACGGGGAACGGUGGGGCAGCAGCCGGCGGAGAAACCAGGACCGAAAUAUUUCUACAAAUCAUUACUUUUAAUUUGCUCGUCCCUUUUAUCAAGACAAAUGCGUCCGUCCACUGGCGAACGUUCGCCAGACAAUCGAACGCUCAGCACAGUGGCACCGGAGGAAGACGCGUGUGCGACGACAAUGGGGAACGUCGUGGAGAAGCGCAAUGGUUCCAGCUGGCUUCUCCGCGGGGCGCCACCACUACCACCACCAUCAGCGCCGAGCAUCGACAUCGCCAGCAUCAGCACCGUGGCGACAGCGUGUUCGUGUAG